AUGGAUAAGCACAACAACCCCAAGAAUGGGGAAGUGGGGAGCAAUGUGUUUCGUAGGAUGAUUCUUAAUCAGAUUUCUGGGGACUUAGGUCUGGAUGAGGAGAAUGUGCCUUGCAAUACUCCAAGAAACUCUGUUCACUCCGCAUUUGGUGGCUCAUCAGGUGGCAAGGCAGUUGCUUCUACUAGCGGCAGCCGCAACACUGAUUCGGUGAGCCCAGGCGAGUAUGUGGGGGAUCCUGGAUCCCUACUGAGUUUACAACCAUGGAUUUUUAAAAGAAACAGCUCACAAAACCGUGGGGAAAGUUUGCUUGCGAGUGGUAGCAAGGCAGCUGGUAAAGGCAAGAAUCUGGUCAAUGCCCUUCGAGAGGGUCAAGCUGUUGAAGUCACCCCAAGGAGCCCUGCUCUUGGUUCUGGGCCUGGAAGAGGUUGUGGAGCUCUUAGGAGCAGAAGAUCUCGUAGGAAUUUGAUGAAGCCACUUGUGCCAAUGGACAACCCCUACGUUCCACAGCUUUACAGUGAGAACUUUGAAAUUGAAGAGUGCACGUUUGCUCCAGCUCCCUCCCCAGCUUCUGUUAGGCCAUUCAUUGUGACAGAUGGUAGAAGGAUAAUUAGUAAAUCACGCUAUGAGCCAGUACCUCUGCCCUUUAAUAUCAGAUUAGACAAGGAGGAAUGUAGAGGCACCUCAGUGAUGCCAGGAAGUCUGAUUGGAAUUGCUCCUCUACCUGACCUGAAGAAACUCAAACAUGAUUCCAGAAAUUCACAUGAUGCAAGGCUUGGUCUGUCUGGUUCUCAGCGAAGUAGCAAAUCACAUGAACAAGCAGGUUUACGUGAUCGACUCCUCCUAUUCUCUAUUGGGGUGAGCAUUGGUAUUCUAUCAUCUUCUCUGUCAAACAAGAAGGAAUUUGAUACGUUGAAGGGCACACUGAAACAAAUGGAGAACUUAGUUCAGGAUUUACAAGAUGAACUGGAGAUGAAAGAGGGUUUAACUGUGAAAGAAUUGCCUAAUGAAACUUCUAGCGAACAUGAUGAUGAUAAUAGCAAACUACAUGUAGUUGAUUCAGAGCCAAUGAGCAAAAUCAAAGCGGAGCUUGAAGCUGAGCUUGCAAGACUGGAAUUGAAUAUCACUUUGAAACGUGUGGAAGAACAGACAUCUGACUUCAAUGAGGUAACCAGGGGCCUGGAGGUUGAUGAGGAGUUCAUUGGUGACAUUGUUUGUGGGGAACUGAAAGCUGAUAUGAUCCCUCGUGACCACACAGAUUACAGCAGUGAAUGUGACCAUGGCAGGGACAGCAGGGAAAGUUCCCCAGAUUACACAUGUGGAGCAAACUAUCCCGUCUCGCCUAGAGAUCUCAGCAUUCGUCUCCACAAGGUGAUCCAACGUAGGCUUGAAGACCGAAUCAAGGAGCUUGAGUCAGCAAUUGCCCACAGGCAGAAGCAGACGCAAAUGCAGAUGAUGGUGACUGAUCAAAUAUUCUCUGAACGAAUAUGCUCAAACAGUGAGUCAGGUUCAUCUUCAGGCCAGGGAAGUCCCAUUUUCAUACAAGAAACUAGCUCCUUGGCAGAACCAUAUUGUCUAAACCUAUCUGGAGAUGCGCUUGAAGCUUAUGACGAAGCUUACGAAGAAUUCAUGAGAAUUGCGGACUCCCCUUGCACCACAAGUACAAAUGGGAAGCCGCAGACAACCGAAGAUUACUUGGUAGACCGUGGUUUAAUCUGGGGAAUGGAGGACAGCUCUAGGAAGCUGAAAGAAGUACCCACUUGGGAGAGAGCUCUAAAGAGUGCAAAUCCUAGCAGAGAUCAAGACAGCGAUAGAGAUGAUUCAGGCGAUGAUGAUGAUGACGACGAUGACUGUAAAGUGCUGAUUCAGCAGAUUGUAGAGAGAACUAAACAAGGUUCACCUGUACUCGUUAACGCCCAAAAACUUCUGUUUUCCGUGGAUCAAUAG